GACAUGCGCUGUCAGUAAGAAAAGCUUUUAUGACUGCUUUGAAAUAUAAGUUUUACACUUGAGAUGAAGUCCAAAGAUUUUCAUGGGAUAUUCUUCAAAUAUUGCGCUAAAAUGGAUAAUUUUGCUUGCUUUAAGACGAUAAUGAUACUUUGUACGUGUUGGAUUUUACUAGCGAUAAUAUCUAUCGCUUUGACAGGCAAAUUCAUCAAUGAAGUACUACCAAUAGACAGAUAUAUCGGUUCAGUAUCUACUAACUCUAAAGAAAUCAUAUUGGGCUUAAACUCUACUGGCACAGAGCGGACAGAUGUAUUAGCUGUUGCCUAUAUGCGUACAGGAUCAACAUUUCUUGGAAAGGUUCUAGGUUGGCGAAACGACGUGUUCUUCUGGUUCGAACCUUUGAGGAAAUAUGGGGCUUGGCAAUAUCUGCGGCAAAAUGACCUUCUGUGUCACAUUUUACGGCCCAACUGUGAAAUACUGAGUGAAAAUUCAAUUAGACAUCCAAAGAAGGCUCAGAGAUUUCUACUCGACAUGUUUGACUGCCACUUACAGCCAUAUGACAACAUGCCAACAGACAUCAACUUUAAUCCAAAAUUAUUACCUCCUAGUUGGACUGAAUAUGCAAAAUGUAAGAAAAGUAUGAAUGCAUCAUUUACCUGUAACAAGUUAUUGGUUAAUUCCUGUAAAACGGCAAAGCACCGCAUUGCAAAGGUACUCCGCACAGAUCUGGAAGGCACUAUACCACUCCUCAAAAACAAUCCGCGACUAAAAAUAGUUCAUUUGCUACGAGAUCCCAGAGCGAUUAUGAAUAGCCAUUUACGCACUUGGUGGGUUAGAAAAGAGUUAAAAACUUACACACAAAUCGAAGCUGACUCGAUAGUUAUUUGCUCAAGAAUGAGAAGCGAUAUUCUAGCGGGAAAAUCACUGAUGAAAUUAUACCCAGACCGAGUGAGACUGCUUCAAUAUGAAGACUUCAACAACCUAGAUGAAAAUGUGCAAAAACUUUACAAGUUUCUAAAUAUGGAAUUUACAAGUCAACAGGAUAAUAUUUUACGUAGCUUGAAGAAGGAUAGCCCAAGAGAUAAACCUACGUCUAAGAAAAACGUGACGUAUAUUGCGUACGACGGCUUUCAUCCGUUUGAUUUCAGACAAAAAAUGGGUUGGAACAUUUCCGCGAUAGUACAGAAAUAUUGUGGAGAUGUUUUGAGAGAUCUAGGUUUAAGACAAUUUAAAACAGAGGCAGAGUAUCUGAAUUUAUCCCAAAAUGUUGUGAUAGAUAAGUUACCGUUCCAGUUAACGUAGUUAACGUAGCUAAGUGUUACAAAUCUUGUUCUAAUUAUGGUUCGAAUAUACCAUUUGUAUGAGAAUGGAAUGCCAAACUUUGCAAUACUGUAUAUUCAAUGUGUAUAUUCAGUCGUUUAUAAGUUAACUCUUGACACAAAUAUAUGUUCGAUAAGGGAGUAAUAUUUUUCCAGAAAUAGUUUGCUCUAAUAACAUGUUCUCGUAAAUAUUAUCUCGACAAUGGAGCAGCCAUAUUGCUAUUGCAUGAACCAAUAAAUUUCUCUGUAAGAAACCUAAGUGGUAUCCCAUGAUGCUAAUUAUACAAAAUAUAUUUGUCUCUAAAAUAAAAAAAUAUUGUUCAAACUUAUGAAAAAAAAUAAUAUGUUUGCUACAUAAAUGUAUCUUUUAUGAUAUUAUUAUUAUUAUUAUUAUUAUUAUACUAGAUUUAUAUAGCGCCCUUUUCAUGAUCAAUUUCAUGUUUAAAG